UCGAUUCCCGGCAUCUACUCUCAGAUCCUUUCGUGCGCAUAUGAUCGAACGGUUCUGAUACCUCCUCUCUCCCCCAUAUAAUCCCCCACCCCCCACACCCUAUGCAAAGAUAGAAAACCUUGAGAUAGAAGAACUAGAGAGAGAGAAAGCGGUGGAAAUGAACGCGUUGGAUUCUCCACUUGAAGCUCUAGCUCUCAACUACUUGAGCUACGGCUUCUUCACCGCCGUCAACAAUAUAUGGGCAUGGGUCGCCGUCAUAACCGCCGCCGUCAGCUUCUGGAGGAUCAGGGCUCUGUCGUCAGCUCCGGUGUCGACACCGGAGCCACGCCGCAGGAGCCACGAUACGGCGUCAACAUCAUCAUCAGCGCCACCAAAAGUGGCUGAGCCGGCUACUCUCUCGACUGCGGGUGAAACACAGCUUUCUUCUGCUCCUGCCAAGACAUCCUGUCCCACGUUGGGGAGAGAAGGUAGCACGAAAACCAAGUUUAGUUUAUAUUACGAAGAGGAUGAUUUUAGGGAAGACGAUGAGGGUGGCGAGAAUGAGGAUGACGGGGACGGGACGGCGGGGGUAAGUGAGAAGUCAGGUAGAUAUUUGAGCGAGGAUUGGGAGAGAAUGAUGGUGGUGGUGAGAAUGGGGGAUAUGGGGUGGUAUCGGUGGCAAGACAGGGCGGUGUUUGACGGCAGCGUGGUGCGGUUGUGGGACCAGGGGCGGGGAAGGCGGAGACACGCGGCGGCGUUGUUGGUGGAUGGUGGCGUGGGGUGGUAGGUGAUGAAAAUGUAUUCAAGUAGAGUUGUAAUUUGGUGGGGUUGGAUAGGAAUAAUAAUGAGUACUGGUGAUCACCAGUUGUUGUUGUUAAGGUUUCUUACAAAAAUUGUAUAUAUAUUUUGUUGUCUUCCUCAAAACCAUUUUACAGAUGUUAGAAUUCCAUUUUUGUCC